GUCAGUUGGCGUGGUGGGCGUUGAGGAGGUAGUGGGAGGCACCAGCGGCGGUAGACGUGAAGUGACGGGGUAAGAUAGCGUGGGUGCGAGAGCAAGUUAGAGGCGAGUGAUGGUCCGGGACACCUGAGAUGGACCAUAACAAACAGACGGGGACAGACAGGCCGUGGCGGGGAUAACUGUCCUUCCUUGUCCUGUCCCUCCUGUCCCUCUCCGGGCCAAGGUGACGCCUCUCCCGGCCCCCUCUAGUGCCUCUCACCACCUGACAAGUGUUGACAAGUGAAUGGUUGGGUCCUGAAGCAUCAUGGUAAUUAGGAAUACCAUGAAGUGAUCCUGUGCUUUCGUAUGGAGCGUCAAGAUCCAUACAGCACCAUGUCACAGCCCUCGUCAGAUAAAAGCAGAGAUCCUUACCAUUCAACAUAUGCAGAUCAUCAGGAUAUGAUGUUGAGUGAGGAUGAGGAGGAGAGUGCCACACUGGCUGAGCCCAUGACACUUGAGGGGGCAAAACAAUUAGCACAGACAUCUGUUGUAGUGCCAGCUACAACCCCAACUCCUCCAGCUGUCUCCUUGGCAUCAGCUUCCCCUCCACCACAUCCUCUUGUUGCUCCUCCACUCACAUCUCCUCACCACUCGUCACAUCACCAUCACCACCACCACCACCAUCUGACGUCGCCUCCACCCCCACCACCACCUCCCCCACACCACCACCAUCACCACUUGACUUCACCGCCACCACCACCAACACACCACCACCUUACCUCACCGCCACCACCUCACCACCAUCCGCAUAUAACACCCCCCCUGCCUCACCAUCACCACAUGUGGGGGCCACCUUCAGUAGCCCAUGAAGAGGAAGAGGACGAGGAAGAGCCACAGGAUUUACCUUCAACAGUGGAUAUACAAGCUAUUCGAGACUCUCCGUCCCCCGAUCAUUCUAAAGGCCAGUUGGUGACAAUAAAUGAGAAUUGGGACAGUGUUGAGGAUCAAGACCGAGGUGAUGAAGACUCUGAUGCCUAUGAUUCUGAUACUGAUGGCUCCGAAUCGGAUUCGGAUUCAAGGCUUAGCUCCAGGUCACGUUCAGCAUCGAGGGAAAGUAUCAAAUCACGUUCUGUGUCAAGGUCCCCUUCACCAACAAACUCCAAGUCAGAUAGUGGGAGCCAGGAUUCUGAUUCGGAUAGCUCAGAUUGGAGUGAUAGUAGUUCCUCUGCUUCUGAUGGUGAGAGGAAAAAGGAAUAUGAAGAUGGUGAUUCCAGUCCUAUGAACAAACCGUUGCCAAGGAGAAAGCCACAGCUGACUGCACCUAAACUAACAUUGAGUGAGGGGUUCGGAGGUGCUGUUAGGACUGAUGGGAAAGUCAAGAAUUCUCCAACAUCUCCUAUCCAUAAAUCAUCCCAGCUGUACGAGAAGCAUAAAUCGUCACAUUUGUUCACUUCUUCCUCUUGUGAUUCAAUAGCAACUGUUGGAUUUGGUGUUGGUAAAGUUACUAAAGUUCCUGUGUUGGAGGAGAAAAAAACUGUCAAAUCAAGCAUUUUCAGUGAUGAUGAAACUAGUGACGGAGUUGAUAGUGAGAUAAAUAAAACUGUACAUAAAAGUAUACAUUUAUCAAAAACUGAUGAAUUCAGACCAUUGCAACCAGUGCCAUUACCUAAAGGAUCUGAUAGUAGCUCAGUUGUUAGCGAGCAGAUAUCCGACAGUAGUCCGCAUGUGGCGAAAGAAAUGCUCACUAACGAAGCUAAAAGUGUAAGUGUUGUGAUUCCUGGUCCUGUAGGCGAGCCAAAAUCUGAAAAGAAUGGUUCAGUUAUCGAGGAAAACAUCUCUAGGUCGAAAGGUGUAAGCGAAAGCAAACCCAGUGUGCCUCUUCUUGGGUUAAAGGUAGAAGAAACAAGAACAAUUUCUUUUCAGCCUUAUAAGAGAGAUAGUGCAUCACCACCAGAAAGGAAGUGUGAUCUCACAGCUAGAUGGGAGGAGAGUGACAAAGACAAAACUGAGGAUGGAAGAAAUAUGCAAGUUUCUUUAGCAGAAGUGGAAGAGAGGAGACGGGAAAAGGAACUAGAAUUAAAUCGUGAAUUUGACCGUUUACUUUUCAGCACAAAAAAUCUAAAUUUGCAACAAAAUGAACAAAAAGCUUUAGUUUUGGGUAAUAAUUUUUCAAAGACUCCAGAAAAACCAUGUAAUGACUCUAUGCCCAAAUAUAAUAAAGUUUAUGAUUCUCCAAAAUCAAGCAAAAGUGUGAACUCUGUAUUAUCUCAAAGCAACAGCUGGCAGCCUGACACAGUUUGUAAUCCCAGUAAGAAAGAGACAUCAGGCACUUCCAUUGAUCACUGUACUCAGACUUUUCACAUAGAGAAUGUUAUAGAUAUAAAAGAUAACGGUAAUGAUAAGAAUAAAACAAAGGUAGAAAAAGAUGCCUGGGAAGAGAAAAGAAAAGAGCCAUGUAGUAGUGAUGAUAAAUCAAGAGAGUUUAUCAAGGACAUGCCUGAUAAAAAGGAAGUGGAGAGAGUGUAUGUGCAAGACUGUAGCUCUGAAAGGACUUUAAAUAAGGAAAUAGCAACUGAAAGAAAAGUGGGUAGAGAAUUAACGCUUGAAAGCAGAUCACAUAAGGAUACAAGUAGUGAAAGAAAUUCAAGUAGAGAAUCAAAUAGUGUUAAGAGAAUAUCUAAAGAACUGAACUCUGAAAAGAAUCUGAAUAAGGAUACUAGUCCAGAUAAACUUUCAUUGAAAGAAAUUAGUUCUGAGAAAUGUUCAAAUAUAGAGUUCAAUUCAGAAAGAAGACCAAGUCAACUAUUAUCUGAGAAGAUAGUAAAAGAUGUAAGUUGUGAAAAGAAAGUCAGUAAGGAGUUCAAUAAUUUAAUAAAAAAUAAUUGUAAUCCUUCGCUUGAAUGGAGAUCAACUAAGGAAAUAAUCUGUGAUAAGCCAAUGAAGGAAAUUGAUGUGGGCCAUAAGUUGAAGAAAGACCUGUGUAAAGGUGGCCAUGCUGAUAAAAGAUGCUCUAAAGAUAUUACUUGUGACAAAAAAAUAAGAACUGAAGUUGUUGAAGAGGGGAAACCGAGCAAAGAUGCCCAUGCAGAGAGAAAACUGAGCAAAGAUGCCCACGCAGAGAGAAAACUGAGCAAAGAUACCCAUGCAGAGAGAAGAGGUGUCAGAGAUUCCUCCCUUGACAGAAGAUCAAGUAAAGAUCCUUCUCCAGAGAAGAGGAAAAUUAAAGAUGCCACUAUAGAAAAGUCCCAUGAUACAGAUGCUCAUGAUAUAAAGGGUAAUGAAGACGGUAACACUGACAAAAAAUCUAACGGGGAGUCAUCAGAAAGCAAAUCGCUUGGCGAAUUACCUUCAGAGAACAUAAUGAGCAAGAAUGAGAGUACAGAAAAGAUGCUUGAUAAAGAUAGUGCAUCAGACAAGAGAGCUGGAAAAAAUAAUGAAAAGAAGCCAAUUAAAGGUAACAUCACAGAAAAGAAAACUAGUAGGGACUCGAGUAAGGAAUCUGUUCCAGAAAAGAAAAAUAAGACUGUGUCACAUGAAAAAAUCAGUAAGGAAUCUAAUAUAGAGAAGCCAGCAAGUAAAGAUUCUACUCCUGAAAAGAAAUUGGUUAAGGAUACUGCAUAUGAAAGAAAACCAAGCAAAGAUAAAAAGCAGAGCAAGGAAACAGUUUUAGAUAAGAAACAAAACAAGGACACCACCUUUGAUAAAAAAUCUGUUAAGGAUUUUUCUGAUGAAAAGAAAUCAAUUAAAAGUGUAUCUCCUGAGAAACGAAGUAAUAAAGCGUCCCAUGAAAAUCGCUUGAACAAAGAAACCAUUUCAGAUAAAAGAUUGAACAAAGAGUUAACUAAUGAGAAAAAGAUUGGCAAAGAAAAAUCUCCAGAUCAAAGGUCUAAUGCAGAAAAUAUUUCAGUCAGGAAAUGUGACAGAGAACCUGGGACAGAGGAGAAAAUUAAAGACUUGUUCUUAGAAAAGAUAGCUAGUAGAGACAUAAAUUUAGAGAGGAAGUCUAGGAAAGAGUCCAGUUAUGAAAAGAAACACAGGAAGGACUCUAGUUUUGAUAAGAAUCUUUGUAAGGAGCAAUACUUGCAAGGUAGAUAUGAUGCAGAUAUGAGUGUUAAAAGGAUUUCUAUCAAUGAGCCUCUCUUUGAAAAGAAGUCAAGUAGAGAACCUGGUUUUGAGAAAAAAUGUAUGACUGAACUGAACAUGAGUAAGUUGUCAAACCUUGAGCCAGGUUUUGAGAAGGGGACUAUCCAGGAACUCGACUACAUGAAAAGAUCUGGUAAGGAGCACGUUUUGGGGAAAAAUUCCCUUUCCUGUGAAAAAUUAAGCAAAGUGUGUAAUUUAGAGAAAAGUUUAAAUAGGAUACCUGAGCAUAAGAAAAGAUCUAGAAAAAAGAAUAAAAGAUUAAUAGAAGAAAAUUUUGAGGAGAAAAAAUGCAGUAAAGAAUCCUGCUCUCCAAGUGGAACUGAUUUAAAAAGGGACUUGCCUGUUGAAAUCACAAGUAAUAAAGAUAUAUCGCCAAAACAAAAAGCUCAAAAUGAAAGGUGUGCUGAUGAUUCCAGUGAGAAAUCUAAAUUGUAUAGGAUAAAUAAAAUAUUUGAAAACAAUGAAUUAAUAAAAGUGUCCAACAUUAGUUCAUGUGAGUCAGACAAGACUGUUGUGUCAAAUAAAGUGAACUACAAUAGUGAAAGUGUUAGUAGUGUUAGUAAAAAAGACGACAAAGAGUCUGUUAGAACAGAAGAGUUGUUGCCUGUAUGUACAAAGGGAAAAAUAGACCCAGCAGAACAAAACGAUAAAUUGAAUUACAAAAGUGUUAGUGAGAAAACAUUCUCAUGUGUUAGACCAACUAUAGCAGAUGUAGUGAAAGGUAGAGAAAGAAGAAAAAGUACAGAAACUGAGAAACUUAGUGGUAGUGAAAAGCGGAAAAAAGGUGACUCGUAUAGAGAAGACACGUCAACAGAUAGUGAAAGCUCGGAGGAACUUAAUGAAAAAGUGGAUUUGGACACAGAGCAGACCCAAACAUUUUCUGUCAGCGAAAGUAAUUUUAACCAGGGUCGGUUAACAAUGAAAAUAGCAGCAAUGAAAAUGGCAAAAUUUGGGCGAACAGGUCUCCGGGAAGUGACUGGAGGAGCUCUGCCAACAAGAUCAGAUCUUCACACAACUCAACGUACAGAAAGCUCAUUGAGUAUGUCCUUUAGUCCAUUUAGGCGACCUAGAACAGUACCUCAGAAGCCUCAGUCGGGUAAUUCCCAACCCGAAACUCACAAAGUGAAGACGGCAGCUGAAAGAAAAACCUACAUAGAUGCUUUGCCACCCAAUGGUUCGGUCCGCUCCGUCUCUUCCAAGGUUCAUCGAAAAAAGGUGUGUGGAGCAUGUGUUGCGUGUCCCCAAGUGAGGGGUGGCGGUGUAAAGGGCGACAUGAGAGUGCCGGUGGCGUCUGUGUACCAGCGGGCAGGUGGCGUGGUGGGAAUUGUGGCAGUGGCUGCAUCAGCCCCGGCUGCUCAUCCACACAUAGACCACGAUGAGGAGCAAAUCUCUCGCCUCGCCCACCACCUCUCCCAGAUCUCCGGCGACCAUGACGGGUUGCAGGUGCUGGACCAGGAAGAUUUGGCUGCAAUACUACCAGAUGUAAGCAGUGGUAGUGGUCACCAAGAUGGGUCGUCUGUGUCACUUGAUGGGUUCACAGAUGAUGUUGUAGUGUCUCGGACAGGCUCUGACACUGAGGGAGAUGAGCACGGUUCUGAUGUGGCUGGUGAUGACGAUGAUGAUGACUUACCAGAUGUUAUUGUUCGGGAAGCUAUUAAUUCCAUGGCCAUUGUGGGUGAAGAAGCCGCUCUCAAGUUCAACACAGUACUGCUGGAUGACCUGGACGAUGUGGAAAGUAGGAAUCGGUCUCGUCAUCAGCAGCACUCGCAGCAACAGCAGGGUCAGAGCCGUUUAGGGCAUCAACAACGGACAUCGAGGAGCCCAAGAACUGAAACAGGCUCAAGAAAUCGUGAUGAUGGAGUUCAUGGAGAUAAAAGAAGAAGAGGAAGGCCCCCUCGGCCUAUAAUGGGAAAGGAUGCUCAUCAAGAAGAAGAUCUAGAUCCUCCUCCCAUGCCAGAACUUGAAAGCUACGUUCCAUUAGAUUGUAAUGUUUCUAAUGUGUCUCCAGACAGCGGCAUACAGUCAGUGAGUGGUUCUCCGUUGCAUCACAUUGGUUCCCCACCUCACCACCAUUCUCCAUUGUAUAGUGCGGGCAAGUCUGUCGAUGGCUCAGGAAGCCACAAUCGGCCAUAUUCUCCUACUUUGGUUUCUCAAGAUUCUCCUCCACCUCCUACCUUAUUACCAGCUGUUACUCCUCCUCAUUUGUUAAGUUCACCUCAUUAUGAUUAUGAUUCUCCAAAUUCUCCCCAAAUGCCAGCUCUAAAAUGUCAAGUAGAUCCUCCCCCAAUAUUGCAAGCAGAUAAUGCUAAGCGAACUAGCCUUGAGGAACAAGGUACUCUUAAAAGAAGAGGACCAGGAAGACCAAAAAAACAAGAAGAUAGACCUAAGCGACCUAGGGGGAGACCUAAAGGAUCUAAAAAUAAAAGACCAAAGAGUGUGGAUGGACCAUUUGUAGUAGAUUUCAAGGAGAAUGCUCAAAAACUCCCAGAAGACUCUGAUAGUUUUAAGUGUUAUAGAAGUGAACUUGGAUCCAGUGCACCUGUGGCCCACGUGUUGGGUAUGUGUGGUGUUGAUAAGUGGAAUCAUGGUAUAGAUGCUGAGGACCUUCCUCCACCUCCAGAGCCCAUCCCUCCGUUGAGACGUGGACCUGGCAGGCCCAAAAAGAUCCCUCCAGUGUUAGAACCCAGUGUACCCCUCCAGGAACCACAGAUAAACAAAGUACAAAGUGAGCACAAUGCAGAGUCUUGUGCUGAAGACAGUGCCAAUCUUUCUAGUGCCAAGCCUGAAACCCAUGUAGCCAGUUUUGAGCCAUCCAAUUCUGUGAAUUUUAAUCAUAGAAACACACAAGACAAACGUUUAAAGGGAAAGAGGCCAGUGGGUCGGCCAAGAAAAUAUCCUAAAAGGGAGGAAGUAAAUAUGUCCAGUAAUUUACCUGCCACUGCAGCUAGCAAAAAGUGUUUCAGUGAAAGAAUAAUGCAUAAAAUUAUAAAUGAAAAAGUUCGUAAUAGUGAAAAAUCUGAUAAAUUAUCUGUCCGAGUUGAGGAUAUUGAAGGUUCCAUUGAACCCUUCAGUGAUCCUUAUACAUUUCAUGACCUUCCUUUUGGAAACUUACAAGAAGCUGAGAGAAAGCAUCAGAAAAAACUUCUUAAACCAAAGUAUAAUAGUGAAGGUAUACCUCUGGAAGGGAAAAGAAAAAGGGGAAGGAAAAAAGAAUUGCCAGCUAUUUUUGAAAAAGUGUAUGGGAGUCAAGAUCUGAAAACCAGAGUCAAGAGUGAAAGUGGAAAACCAUCCUUUUGUGCAGCUACUUUAUCAUUUAAACAGAUACACAGAAAAAAGAAAAAGAAGCCAAAGCAUUUCAAAAGUAAGCAUAAAAAUAUUGUGGACCCAGUGUUUCUUGCUGACUUGGAAGAUCUAACAAAAGGCAUUCAGCAGUGCUCAAUAUCUAAAAUCCCAAUCCUUCAGCAAACUAAACCCGGUGAGAUACUUUUACCUUCAAUAUUUCGCUUAAGGAAAGUAUCUUUAGCAGCCAAGAAAAGACGAGGCAGUGAAAAGACCAGAACGAGUGACAGAGAAUCGGGAACAGAAGGGGAGAGUGGCAAGGAGAAAGCAUUAAGCAAGAGAAAAAAGAAAUUACAAGAAGUACCAAAACAGGGUCGAGAGCGAACAGAAGCUAAUGAACAAAGGCUGCCUCUGAAAAAACGACACCGCCACAUUUCAACAGCAGUUCCUGCCACUCCAGAGCCCCCCAAGGUUGAAAAUAUUAAAAGUGAAGUUAGUGUAACAAAAACAAAUGAAAAAGCAAAUUGUGUCGAGAAAGAAACCAAAACUGAAAAGGAGGAGAAGGAGAAAAUUAAUAAAAUUGACCCCCGGUCAGAGAAGUCGACAGUUCCUAAACCUAGUGUGCUCUCUGAAACACCAAAAUCUCUUAGAACUGAAAGCAAAAUUAUUAAGCAAAGCAGUGAUGAUAUGAACAAGAAACCAGAAGAAAUACUAUUAGUGAAUUCAGUAACGAGAAAAUUAGAAGAACAAGUGGCAAAAAGUACUAGACUUGACGAAACAGUACAAAUACCAGAUGUUUUAAAUAUUAAAACUGUGGAGGAUUCUGAGAGUAGCAAAGUUACUAGAAUUUGUGUAAGUGAACCAGAGGUGAACAAGACAGUGGAGAAAACUGAACCUGUCACUCGAGUAAACAGUGAGGUCCCCACUUCAACUCGUACUACGACUACUACCCCAAAGAAAAGACACAGAUUAGAGGUAGAUUUAGCUAAUACUCCUGCAGCAGCAACAAGAGCCACAUCAGGAUUAAUUAAAGGAAAAACUGAAAAAGAAUUGCCUAAGGCCAAGGAAAAAGAUACAUCUGUUAAAACACCCGUAACAAAAUCUCCUAAAGUUGCCAAAGAUCCAGGUUUCAAAGAAGUGGCAAGUACACCUCUACCUAAGGUGGAAGAUACAAGUGAUAAUACUCUUACUCUCAAGGUUUCUGGUACAGAUGAAGGAAACCCAAGUAAUGUUAUUGAAGGAAGUAAAUCUCAGGAACCAGUUGAACCUGUUGUACAUCCGCCUGUUGUCCCCGAGCCUGAAAUAGAAUCUCAACCUCAAAAAGAGAGUUCUGGGACUCACUCAGAUAGUGAUAUACCCAGUGAGCAUGAGCCACUGUAUGAGAGUGAUCAAAGUGGCUUUAUGUCUGAUAAAGAAGGCCCCAAAGAAGUACCAACCAAGUUGCCACAAAAAAGACGCAAAAAGAAGAGAGAGUUAAGAUCGCCCAUUCCUAAAGUUACUGAUAAACUUGCUCCAGCAGAAGUCACAGAAGACAAUGAACCGCCUCCAAUAAAAAAGAAAAAGAAACUAAAGCGCAGGAAAACAAAUAGAACAGGAUUUCCUACAAUUAGAAGAAAGAAACGCAAGGUCAAAGAUACUUUGGAACAAAAGGGAAAUGAGAAGUGUUUGGAAGUUGAAUCACUUAGUAAUAACAGUAGUCUUCCUAGAGAAUCUCCUAACAGUCUUCCUAGUGAAGCUUCUAGCAGUCAUCCUACGGAGAGCUCUAGUAGCCUUACUGUAGAAAGCUCCAAUAGUAUUAUAGAGGAAAACUCCAAAAGUCUUCCUGUAGAAAGUUUUAUUAGUCAGAAACCCAUUGAUCCUGAAUCAGAGGUAGCAAUAGACGACAGCAAAGAAGCCCCAGAAACUCCUGCUAUUCUUUCAGAAUGUGAACCCACAGUAACAAGAUCAAGUAGAGAUAAGUCAGAAAUUUCUUCAUGUAAAGGUCCUGUUCCUGUCCCAGCACCAAGACCACGGGGACGUCCAAAGAAGGCCAAUGCUGAUGUCAAGCCAUCAUCUAGAACCCCAUCACUAUCACCAUCUCAGUCGCCAGAAAAAGUUCCAAAGCAGCUUAGAGAAUCAUUAAGGGAAAGAAGAUCAACCAAAUCUGCAGAGGACACUCAAGUAGAUAAAAAACCUGAGCCAGAACAAGAUGAACAACAACUUGAAAGGAUCCUUGAGAGAGUAGCCACCGGCAUUGGAUGUAGGACUCGAAGAAAACGUGAUCUUAGUGAAGAAAGUAACAAAACAAUCCAGUCAGAUGGAAAGAGGCAAAGAAAAAUUGAAGAAGAAAAUCUGUUCAAUGUGUCUACCAUUAUGAUUGAUACACAAAUGCAGACGAGGUAUUCAGUCCGCAUUCACACGUCAAAUGAUGUCAGGAAUGAUGGAUCCAGACUUAUGGGAUACCUUCAAGGUAACCUCAAGGUGGAUGAUAGUGAUGCAAUUGUCUUGUCAUCCGAGUCCAUGCCUAGCAGUGAACCACCGUCAGGAGAUGAAAGUAAUCGAACGUUGACUGGAAAUAGGAGAGUUCCCCGUUGGCGAAAGAAAUAUCUUGUUGCUGGCCUCUUUUCAACUUAUUACAAGGAGGAUGAGCCUCGAAGAAGAAAUGGUGAAGUGUCUUUACCAAAGAAUAAGUUUACGUAUGAUCCAGAGGAGCAUGUGCAUGGUCUUCUCCCUCCACCCUGUUACUGCCGCAAGUGGUUACGAGAGAGACACAUUGAUUUUGUGUUGCCUUAUGAUCUUUGGUGGCUUCAUGAACACAACAUGCUGCCUGGGAGGGAUCUUGUUCCAUCCUGGAAUUUCAAAAAAAUCAAGUCAAAUGUGUAUUAUGAUGUCAAGCCAAAUCACGAUUAUGAACUUCAAGCAUGCAACUGCAAGCGCCCAGUCAAACCUGGAGAACGUGGCUGUGGUGAUGACUGCAUCAACAAGAUGAUGCUCAUUGAGUGUUCGUCUCAGACGUGCCCUAUUGCAGAUUCCUGUGGUAAUCAGCCAAUCCAAAGACACGAAUACAAAACAUGUCUCCAACGUUUUAUGACUCCAAACAAAGGUUGGGGCAUUAAGGCAACGCAUGAGAUCAAAGCUGGGACCUUUAUAAUGGAAUAUGUUGGAGAAGUGGUUAGUGAGAAAGAGUUUAAACUGAGAAUGCAAACUAAAUAUGCCAAUGAUACUCAUCACUAUUGUUUAAAUCUUGACAGAGGGAUGGUAAUUGAUGGUCAUAGGAUGGGAGGAGAUUGCCGAUUUGUGAAUCAUUCGUGUGAUCCUAACUGUGAAAUGCAAAAGUGGUAUGUUAAUGGCCAGUACCGAAUGGCUUUGUUUGCUUUAAAGGAUAUUGAAGAAGGAGCUGAACUGACAUAUGACUAUAAUUUCUCCCUUUUUAACCCUGCUGAAGGACAAGAAUGUAAGUGUGGAUCAGAAAACUGUCGUGGAGUUAUUGGUGCUAAAAGUCAGAGAGUUAAUGGCUUUCUCGAUGAUAAGAAGAAGGCUCCUAAGAAAGAUAUGGGAAAGAAACGCAAGCGUGGAGCAACUGCUGAAGCAGAUAAUAAUUACAUUCCCCGUCCACAUUUUACACCAAUCAAGCCACUGUCACACCAGCAACAACUAUUCAUUUUGACUCACAGGUGUUUUCUUAUUCGUAAUUUGGAAAAAGUUAAAAAGUCCAGAGAUCGCUUAAGUCGAUGUGCUGAGAAAAAGCAUGAAGAAGUUUUAGAUGACCCUGAUGAACCUAGUACUCGAGUUGAGAAAUUUCUCACACAUUUCACUGCUCUGAAUACUGCCAGGUCAGUUAAAACACGACGUCUUGCUCAAGCUGAAGAUGACCCUGAAAUGACUCGAUUAGCCAAACUAGCUCAAAUUUUCAAAGAUAUUUUUGAUAAACUCGUUGCAUCUAGAGAUAGCAAUGACAAACCUUUGGCUACUCCAUUUAUGACAUUACCAUCUAAAAAAAAGUAUCCUACAUAUUACAUAAGAGUCGGUGAACCCAUUGAUUUAGCUCUUGUAGAAAAAAACAUUCUUACAGGCCAUUACAUUACUGCAGAAUCAUUUGACCGUGAUGUUAUGCGCCUUUUUGCUAACAAUCUUAGAUUUUUUGGGCGAAACACAGAAGUAGGUCAGAUGGCUGUCGGUUUGAGGCGGGUGUACAGUGAGUGCAAAUUACAAUUCAAACCCCUACUAGAAGAAGUUUUGGGAGAAGAUGCACUUCCACCUGCAUUUGCUAAUUCCAGUCCUAAUGAAGAGUUUGAGGAUGAAGAUGUAAUUAGAUGUGUGUGCAACUUACACCGUGAUGAAGGAGUCAUGAUACAGUGUGAGAGGUGUUUGGUGUGGCAGCACUGCGACUGCAUGGGUGUGACUGACUCUCCUGACCACUACCUGUGUGAGGAGUGUUCCCCACGCCUCAUCUCCCCUGAGGUUCCCAUGAACCCUCAGCCUCCAGAUGCUCCUAGGGAUCACAAAUACUUCAUAACCCUGCUAAGGGACAACCUACAGGUUAAACAAGGUGACAGUGUUUAUAUUCUUCGUGAUCGGCCACAGCAGAAGUCAGGUGAAAGAAGACAGCCAGCUUACCGCCUUGUCAAAGACAUCAAACCUCAUGAUCUAUUAAUAUUCAAGAUAGAAAAUCUGUGGAUUGAUGAAAAGGGAGACAAAUUUGCAUUCGGACAUCAUUACUUACGGCCACAUGAAACAUUCCACGAACCCUGGCGUAAGUUUUUCCCAAAUGAAGUCAUCCGUUCACCAUUGUGUGAAAUCUUACCCUUGGAUAUGGUAAUAAACCAUUGCUGGGUACUGGAUCUCAAUAGCUACUGUAGGGGGCGUCCCAUUGGAGCUCAAGAAGAUCACGUAUAUGUAUGCGAGUAUCGAGUGGAUAAAGGUGCCAGAGUCUUCUCCAAGAUCAGCAAACCAAAGUACCCUAUCUGCAUCAAGCCAUAUGCCUUCAUUACCUUUCCAGAGAGACUAAGACCACAACGAACAUACACUCCACAUGAAGUGAUAUCAAACAGUAGAGGCCGUAGCGGAAGCAGUGGGGGCUCUAAAGAAUGUCGUGGAGGUUCAGAAGAACGUGGAAGCAGUAACAGCAGCUAUUCAAGCAGUGGCAACAGUAAUAACAGCUGUUCUAGUUCUGCUAACACUGCGGCCACUACCAGUUCCACUACAACUACAAAGCCCUGUUCUGCUAACAACACUACUAUUACCACUAGUCAAAGUGAUACUACCAGUAACAGCAAUGGGGGAGGCAGCAGCAGCAGCAGCAGAAGCAGCAGAUCUCGAGACCGAGGGGUUCCGCCUCCACCUGAUGAGAUAGAUGACCACACCCCACUGGCUACUGUAAGAGCUGAGGCCAGGGCACAAAAGCGUGCCAAGAAACGUGUGCGAGUGAACAGUGUAGCAACAAAACUUCUUAGUCAACUUCCAGCAAAAGGAGCAAUAGACCUGAGCUAUUUACUAGAGAACAACAAAAGGCAGCGCAAAAAAACUGCAGCUUUCACCUCCUGAGAUUGGCUCAUAGGCUGGAACGGCCACCUUACACUCAAAGAAAUGGAGGGCCAAGUGUAAAGAAUUAUACUAUUAUAAUUAAUUUAAUUAAUUUUAAAAUUGUUAAUACAUAAAAUUGCUUAUAUAUAUAUAUAUAUAUAUAU